AUGCAAUGAAGACUCAAGGUGUUCAGUUUCUGCUGCUUUUGCUGUGUGUUGUGUCUACCUGCUGGGGACAGCAAGUCUACCUGACUCUGGGAUCUGGUCCUAGCAUCACCACUAACAAUACUGAGAUCCUCAUCACUACCAUUGGAGAGGGGGCCCAGGGUGGUCUUCCAUCUCUCACUUGUCACAGUGACCUCACUACCUGCUGUAAAAGUGGUGGCGACAACUUUGGUAAUGGAAUACUGGGACAGUGGACGCAUCCUGAUGGGAGUGAGGUAGUGGGCAAUGUUGCAGCAUUGAGUGCUGGACAGCAGUUCUACAUUGUGAGGAAUGCCACCCAGGUCAUCGUGCUAAACCGUAGAGUAUCUCCCAACAACCCCCUCACUCCAACCGGGUCCUACUGUUGUACUGUACCAACUACUGGAGGAGAUAUGACCCUCUGUGCUAAUCUGGGUGAGUGGAUUGCACAAUGAUUACCUUAUCCAAUAUCAUCUGUACACAGUGGUGUCACUGACGUGUCUGUCCCUCACUCCCCCCACCAAUGGAGUGGUCUCCUACUCUAACAUGACGCUGGGUGAGAACACUGUGGUCACCUACACCUGUGACACUGGCUACACUCUCAAUGGAGGCAGCA